UGGUUAUAGAAGUAUGGAGUUGAAAAGAGGAGUCAGGUGUGGUAGUGUAACUGUUGACCUAGCACUUAUAUUCAAUUCCACAACAAGAGAGGGAGAUGUUAUUACAUUUCUUUGGAGUGCUGCCAAAGGUGGGAAGCUUGGACAGUUCAAUGUAAGUGCUAUAAAAAGGACGAGAUCUCUGGUUGAUUUCGAAAUUGGAACAACUGCAGCGGGCAUGCAGUUGUCACCUGGCAGUUCAACUGAUUGGACUAUUGUUGGUGCAGCACUUGGAUACGGUUGCGGCACUUUCUAUUGCUGUGGGAAUAUUUAUAUUUUUUGUAUGGAGAUCAAGAAGUCGACGAAACAAUAAA